AACAAAGGCGCAGAGGAGCCAGCAUGGCCGCGCACUUCAGUUCUGGCCAGUAUGAAGAUGCGUACAUUCCUAAGAAUUUGCAGAAUUGGAACCUUCCCAGAGUCGCUAAGGAGCACCCCUCUGCCCGGGAAGGUUACACGCAGUUUAUAGCCAAUGACCGAGGACAUCUGCUUCCAACAGUUCCACGCUCCAAGGCCUCUCCUUGGGGAACAUACAUGGGCACAUGGGAUAUGCCCCUGAAGAUCCCCCCGGCCAAGGUGAACCUCACGUCCCGCUCAGUGAACGCAGCCGCCCAUCUCACCGAGUGGAUCAGCAAGUCCACAGCCUUGAACAACGCCUGUAACGGGUUCUGCCCGGAAGUCACCGGCAAGCCAAGCGACCCUCCACCACGCAUUUGCAAACAGACGCCCGUCAAAGGUGGCCCAUCGCCCAGAAAAGCCUCGGAGCGCCCCGGCACGGUGGGGAAGAUGCCUGCUGAGGAAGACAUUGCAGCCAGAGGACCCGCCACCCCCCAGGGCCCCCUCUCCCGCCAGCCCGGUUGCAUUGACGUCCGCAUGAAAGACGACGACGGCUUGCCAGAUGCCCAGCAGAUGGAGCCCAAGGAACCCAGACCUCGAGCCCCCAGCGAGAUCCCAGUCUCGCGCCAGCCCGGUUCGAUGGAUGUCCGCAUGAAAGAAAACGGGAGCCCCAAAAUCCCAUCCCCGAGCCGCCCCACCUCCAGGGAGCCUGCGGCCAGGAGGGCCGCCUCGGCAGAGGCCCCUGCUUCGGGCUGGACCCGGUCGCUGGAAGGGAAACCCAAAGGGUUCAGCACCCCCGAGCUCUUGGCUUCAUGUCGCCCAGGCUCCAUGGAAGCCAAUCCCCGGAGCCCGCCUUUGGCUGAAGCCCUGGCGUCUAGCCGGCCCACCACGAAGGGCAGCCUUGCAGCGCUAGAUGUCCGGAAGACCCCGCUAGACAUGGAUGCGGAUUGGCGGGAGAAGGGAGCCUCUCCUCAACCCCUCCAUGGCCUGGAGGAGCUGUCCAGUUAGAACCAGUCCGCCUGGAAAUUGAAAAAUUCUAUUACCAAUGAGUUGAAAGUUGAAAACAAGCCAUUCUGCUCAGUCUGUCGAGACGUCCUGGGGUGCUUGCAUGUGUUUCUCUUUCCCUGUCUCCUACCCUCUCACCUUGCCCCACCUUGGGGCUUCUCCCCACCCCGCUGCCCUCUCCCCCCUCUCCCCCAGCUCCCCAGCUCUGUUCCACCUAGCACAAAACACCUUCCAUCCAUGCAAUUCUCCACUCGCCUGAACCUCAGGACAAAUGAAAAAAGGAAGGGGGUUAAAGCCCUGCCUGAGAGACAUUGCCCAGGAGAUGACCUGCCCGAACAAGCGGGUAGCAAGACAAUCAACCCGAGCUUUGCCAAUCAGAAAAUUAAAUAAUUACAACCACAGGGCCCGCUGAUGAUGGAAUGGGUGUUUUCAUGGUAAUAGACACUAAAUAAAGCU